AUGGCACUGUCAUCAUCUUCAUCAUCACAACCGUUGCCAUUAACACUUCCUUCAAUUUCAUCUUCACAAUCACAUUCUCUUCCAACCUUUCGCUGUUAUCAUAACUCUCACUCCCUUCUUAGCAACGGAGCACAGUUCACGAAGCUUAGCAUCACUCAUCGCCGAACAUCAACCAUACUUUCUUCCGUCGUUGCCUCUGUUGGGAAUGAAGAUGCUGACCUACGUGUUUCUUCUACACAGCAAUUGAAUGAUGAUAAUGAUAAUGAUGAUGAUGAUGAAGAAGAAGAAGAAGAAGAAGAAGAAGAACCAACCCCUCAAGACCUUGAAUAUGUUGCCCAAAUCAAAAGGGUUUUGCAGCUGCUUAAAAAAAACCGGGACAUGCUAUUCGGGGAGGUCAAACUAACCAUAAUGAUUGAGGAUCCCCGAGAUAUUGAGAGAAAAAGAUUACUCGGUAUUGAAGAUCUUGAUGGUCCAACACGAGAAGAUCUAGUUACUGCUUUGGAAGAAGUAAAUGAAGGGAAAAUUCCAAAGGAUAAAGCUGUUCUCCAGAUGCUUGCUGAGGAAAUGACUGCAUGGCCUAAUUUAGAGGUUGAAACAAAAAAGAAAAAGUCCAAAAAAUCUCUAUAUGCAAAAACCACUGACACUGGAAUCGAUCCUAAAGUGGUUGCAAAGAGACUAAACAUUGACUGGGAUUCGGCUGCUGAUAUUGAAGAUGUGGAUACUGACGAUGAAACAGAAGUGCCUUCGGUGUUGGGCUAUGGAGCAUUAUACUUGGUUUCAGCUUUCCCUAUUAUUAUAGGUGUUUCAGUAGUUUUGAUUUUGUUUUACAAUUCCCUCCAGUAG